AUGGCGAGCCGUCGGGACGAUCACUCUUUCGGCGGGCGCCUCGUCCUACCUGCACUCGGAUUCUUCUUACUCCUCAGCUGUUGCUGUCAAACGGCGAGCUCGCACCGGCGUCGCGAGCAAGCCGAGCAGCAGCCGGGCAGGUUGUACUUCACGGUGAGCCCGAGCGAUCACACGGUGGUGGAGGGCCUGCCGGUGACGUUGCGCUGCAAAGCCGAGCCGCGGGGCCUUGUCACCUACGCCUGGAAAAUGGAGCCCGAGAAGCAGACCCUCGCCCCGAGUCCCCGGAGGCACGUUGUUCCCGAGGGCGACCUCGUCAUCACGAGGGUCGAUCGGCUACUCGACAGUGGUAACUUUGUCUGCGUGGCCACGAGGCCCGCCGAGGACGAGGACGCUGGCGACGACGUCAUCGAGAGCUCACCCGCCAAGAUAGACGUGCAGUGGAUCAGCGAGGCGAGCGUGCAGCUGCAGCAGCCCAAACCGACCCCGCUCAUCCAGCCGGGGGGCAAGGUCGAGCUGAGGUGUCAGGUCGACGGCUCCGGUGAGCUCAAGUACGAGUGGUUCAGGAACACCAAGAGGAUAGUGCCGAGCGACAGGGUGAAGCUGAAGCACCACCAGCUGGUGAUAAACGAGGCCAGUCCGGAGGACAACGGGGUGUACCGGUGCAUGGGGCGCAACGCGGCGGGGGCGUCCCCUAUGGCCCAUAGUUUUCCCCUGGUGGUGCCGAGCAACGAGACGGCGACCAUCCGGGUGGUGCCGCAAAAAACGAUAGUCCGCCGGGGCGAGACGGCCAGCUUUGGCUGCGCCUACGACAACGCCGACGCCAUCCAGUGGUUCCACGAGGACAGGGGCCCCCUCGAGUCGGACGACGAGAGGACCAUACUCGACAACGGCACCCUCCUCGUCGUACAGCCCGAGGACCGGGACCGGGGCUUCUACUCGUGCCACGGCAUCAAGGGCGACACCGUCCAGAGCUACGCCGCCGAGCUGCAGAUCGCUUACAUAAAGAACCUGUCCGUGGCGUCUUUCGAGCCGGCGUUGCCGGACCAGGUGGCGGUGGUGGGCGAGAACCAGGAGUUGCAGGUGAGCUGCCUCGCCCCGGCGGGACUGCCGCCACCAAAGUUGUACUGGAGGGAUCCCCAGGGGCGUAUAAUCAGCGACGCCGGGCCGGUGCGCGUGCAGGAUGGCACGCUGAUCGUGGCGAAGGCGCGCCGACCGGCGGAUCAGGGCAACUACACCUGCGUCGCGGAGAACUUGGCGGGAACGACGCGCAUGGCAGUUCAGGUCGUCGUCUCGUACCCGGCCAAGCUCGUGAGCCCGCCCCGUUCGGUGGUCGCGAUGGAGGACCAGCCGGCGCAACUGAGCUGCUCGUACAGAGGAAUGGAGCCGCCUAUCAGCCAGACCAGGUGGCUCAAGGACGGCGAGCUCCUCAGGGAGACCGGGGCCGGGGGACCCGCGCGGUACAGGCUGCACGAACAGCCCGGCAACGCCACCCUCGUAUUCAAGAACGUUCAGCUCAGCGACGCCGGGAAUUACGCGUGCGAGGUAAUCACCAGGGGACAACCGCCUCUGAGGUCGCAGCCCGCCAAUCUGAGCGUCAGGGAGACACUCAAGUUCACCCCCAAGCCCGUCGACAAGCGCUUCGAGCUCAACUCCAAUACCAAGGUGUCGUGCAAGGCCCAGGGUUCGAGUCCAUUGAGCUUCAAAUGGCACAAAAACGGCACCGAUCACUUUCCCAAACACGUGCACGAGGCCAACGGCACGCUGCACUUCAACGGCGUGCAGGAGGUCGACAAGGGCUACUACACUUGCGUGGCGUCCUCGAAUCAGGGCCAAAUCAACCAUACCAUCAAAAUCGACGUGUUCAUUGCGCCCAAAUUUACCGUGAGGCCGGAAAAUUUGACGGCGAACGAGGGCUCGGCGGUCAUGCUGCACUGCGCCGCCGAGGGGGACCCCAAGCCCGCUAUUCACUGGGACAAGGACUCGCGCAUGAACAACUUGAACGGGGAUAGAUUCGUGCUCGUCGACAACGGCAGCCUCUUCAUCAAGGAGGUUUACCUAACCGACGAGGGCAAGUACGGGUGCACGGCCGGGAACAGCGGUGGCUUCAAGCGCACCGAGAUGCACCUCACCGUCAGAGCUGUGGAGGGAUACCGCUCGGACAUGGAGCUCGACAUAACGGACGACGGCUCGAUGAUGACCAAGACGGUGAUAAUAACUCUCGGGGUGGCCACCGCGUACAUGAUGCUCGUGAUCGGGCUGAUGCUCUACUGCCGCUACCGGAGGCGCCGGAGGAAGCAACGAGACCUGCAGGAACAAGUCGAUGGACAGGAAAAAGGCGAGACCGGUGAGGUACAGGAGGAACAGUGCGAGCUGCGCGAGACGAGCGGCGUCAAGCUGCAGGCCAACAGCACGUCGAGCGGCGGCAAGAGGCGUGAGAACCGGGAGUCGCACAGGAGCGACGGUACCGACACGGCCUACAGCCAGGCCAGCAAUCACUCGAAGCGCUCAAAGUCGAGCUACGACAAGCUAGCGAUCAGCCGGUCCCAACUGGCGGAACUCAAGCCGCUCGGCAGGGGCGAGUUUGGCGAGAUCUUCUCUACCAAGUUCUUGCACCGGCCGGCCAACGACGACGAGUCGUCGAGCUCCUCCGGCAGCAGGGAGAUCAUCGUCAUGGUCAAGACUCUGAACAAUACCAAGGACGAGAGCAUCCUGCAGGAGUUUAAGCGCCACCUCGACUUGCUGUACAAGCUCAAUCACGAGAACAUCACGAGACUGGUCGGACUGUGCCGGGACGAGGAGCCCGACUACAUGGUCAUCGAGUACACCGACUGGGGUGACCUCAAGCAGUUUUUGCUCGCCUCAAAGUCCACGAAGGAGCUCACCGAGGCUGGAAAGCCGCGGGCGCCCCAGCUCACCGUCGCCCAGAUUGUUUCCCUGGCCAAUCAGGCCGCUCGAGGACUGAAGCACAUAUCGGACCAUCGGCUGGUGCAUAAGGACGUGGCCGCGCGUAAUUGCCUGAUCUCGAGCAACCUCAACCUCAAGCUGUCGCUGUCGUGCAUGUCGAAGGAGCCGUUCCAGCAGGAGUACACGAGACACAAGAACCAAGUGAUACCGCUCAGGUGGAUGCCGAAGGAGGCGGUCUUCGAGGACGAGUACUCGAGCAAGAGCGACGUCUACUCGUACGCGUGCCUCGUCUGGGAGAUCUUUCACCAGGGAGAGCUGCCCUUCAAGAAACUCAACGACGACGCGGUCCUCGCCCAGAUCAAGAGCCAGACGCUCAGCUGGACGGCCCACAAGGCGGCACCCACCGCCAUGCAGGAGCUACAGACCGAGUGCUGGUCCUACGAUCCGAGAGAGAGGCCGACCUUCGACCAGGUGGUCGCCAAGCUGCAGGACAUCGUCGUCGACUGCUCCCAGGUCUGA